CACCAAUAUGAAAUGUACCACGAUUUCUCAGCCAACCAGUUUUGUAUUAGAUGUGCAAGAGAAGGAAGGCUGGCGGGAUCACGCUCCGUGAACUAGGUACCAAUAACAGUGGUACCAUAAGUGGUGCCAACAGUCGACCUGCACGGCUGCUUGUGCGUUUUAUGAAUUUUCCGUCGCGCGAAUCAGACCCAGAUAUUAGUUCGCCGCUACGAGGAUACACUCCACAUAUCUGCACAGGAUGCCUGCCGAUACAGACGUUCUGUCUGAGCUGGAUCUAGGAGAACCGCCUCAGGAGUUGUUGGAAUGGGCAAAAGAAAAUAUAAAUGAGGAUCUAGAAACUAGAGAUGAGCUUUUAGAGGAGCUGAGAAACUUGAUUUAUGAGCGAGGUGAGUGCAUACCACACAGAACAGACGAUGCAUUUUUACUCCGUUUUCUUAGGGCUCGGAUGUUCAAUGUCAGAAAGGCUCAUAGACUGCUGGUCAAUUAUUACGAAUUCAAAGAAAACAAUCCGGAGUUCUACGAUGGAGUUAACUUAAGAAAUCUUUUGAGAAUUGGUGAUAAGGAUAUCAUAACAGUUCCACCAUAUAGAGAGCAAACUGGGAGGCGAAUAUUGCUAUAUAGAAUGGGUAAAUGGGACCCAGAACAAUUUACAAUAGAUGAAUUAUUUCAAGCAACUAUGAUAGUAUUAGAACUGGCUAUCCUAGAGCAAAGGGCUCAGAUUUUAGGAGGGGUAGCAAUGUUUGACCUAGGAGGACUGACAUUACAACAGGCUUGGUACAUGACGCCUUCUAUUGCACACAAAAUUGUGCAAAUCAUGGUGACCUCCUUUCCGAUGAAAAUCCACGCAAUUCACAUCGUCAACCAAUCCUGGAUCUUCGAUGCAGUCUACAACAUCUUUAAGCCAUUCUUGGACAGUAAAAUGAAAGAAAAGAUUUUCUUUCAUGGAGAAAAUAUGGAGAGUCUCCAUCAACACAUCGACUCGAAACAUCUGCCUGAGAGAUAUGGCGGUGUGCAUCCAGAUUAUUGCUAUAGUGAUUGGAUAAAGUUUUUCGAAUCCAGCGAGAAAAUUAAAUACGAAUUGAGCUCUUUGGGGUAUAAGGACGAUGGAGAGGGUGAUGGAAAUAAAAAAUAAAUAGGUUAAUUUUUGUGCAAUUGCUUUACCUCGAAGAUGGCUUCCGUAGAGCUUUGUAAAAACAGAAUACUAUCAUACAAAUAUUAUCGCUAUCGCGAAAUCAAGUUAUGGUGUCAUUCAUUUUCUACGAGCUUGCGACCCACAAGGUGAAGGCUUAAACCUCUGCAACCGCAAAAUAUGACAGCAAAAUGGUGGUUGCGCCAUUCCUCCAUAGAUGGCACUCGCGACGGGUGGAACCUCCAGAAACUGAACCAGAACGAAUAUUUGACAACUGAAUUUUAUAUAUUUUUCUAUAUUCAUCUAACCAGAAACAUGUGUUUAACUAUUUUUUGAAUAAGUCUAAGCCUCGCACUUAAAAGUAAUAGCUUUUUUAUUUUAAUUCACCUGAAACAAAGUCAAAAAAUUGUUCCAAUAUGUUAAGACUGCUUGAUAGAAAAUAUUUCACAUUUAUUCUAGAUCCAGUACAGAAUCUUCGAGAGGUUUUAGUCUGACCUCAUUUUGUAUUUUAAGUAUUAAGGAAGAAGCUUGAGAAAUAAGAACGGAAUUUCUAGUAGUUAGUAAUUAGUAGUAUUACUUAUAGGUAAUGUAAGAACAGAUCAGCCUUGUGUUUGGCAAGUUUGAAAUUGGUGUUUCCUAUCUUAUUGACUCAAUUGUGAUAUCUAGAUGGUUAAUGUAAUUUUUUUGUAGUAUAAUGAAAUAAAGUUGUAUUUUUGGAGUAGAUGUACGCUUAUUCAAAUCUGUUGCAGCUGUUGAUGUAGGUAUCGUAAAAUAUCC